AAAUGUUUCAUACCGUACGUUCGCAUGCCUAAACUACGCGUUUAUAUAAAUAAAACGCGAACAAUUACAUAUACUGAGGGGAUAGCAAGCACGGUAUAUUAAAUUUUUGAUUAACAAAUGUGACCCCGAAUCCCGCUAUAAAAUUACUGAAUUACUUCAAAACAAUUAUUAGAAUUACUUGGUCUGCCGUCGAAUCGAUCAAAUGGGUAAAUAUAAAAUUACGGUGGAAGUGCCAUUGGCUUUGUGCUAUCUCAGCUUCCAGCUAGUAGGUGGUGUGUUGAUGAAUUUAAACAUGUACAAAACUUGCUAUAACAUCCUCCAUUAUCCAGAGAGCAAUUGUUCGAAAUUGGGUAGAGACAACGAUGCUGCGACUACUAAUUUAGAGAAAAUUGUUCAACCUUAUACUGGAACUCUUACAACAGUCUCGGAAAUGGUACCGCUGGCUUUGCCAAUAGCUAUUUCUUUAAUGAUUGGUUCGUGGUCGGAUCGGUACGGCAGGAAGCCCGUUUUAAUCGUCGUACUUAUAUGUCAAACCUUGGGAUUCACAAUUUCGACUGUUUUAUUAAGUUUCAAGGAGCUAUCUCCAUGGUGGUUGAUGCUCGGUACCAUUCCUAUGGUGGUAUGCGGCGGUACCAUGACAUUUUUUACCGUUAUUUCGUCUUAUUUAAAUGACAUAUCUACCGAACAUACGAGAGCUAUGAGAAUGGUUGUAUACGAGAUUGUGAUAAUUUCAAUGAAACUCUUGGGUGGUUUUAGCGGAUCUUACAUAUUUUACGCUUCUAAUUACUUAACGAUUUACAUUAUAUCCACGCUGCUAGUGGCAACUGCGUGCGCUUACACUUUCUUCUUCUGUCCUGAAUCAUUGAAGAACAUAUCGGAGACCAGAGGUAGCAUUAAAGAUCUGUUCAGUCUGGUUAAUUUCAAAGAGUUAUACGAAGUAGCACAAAAACCGAGAGAGUACUAUCGAAAAACCAUAAUUCUUCUGGUCGUCUUAACUUUGGUAGUAUUGCAGUUCGUGAUUGGAGGAGAAACAAAUAUUAAGCUUCUCUACUUACAAAAUAAACUAGAUUGGAGAUUGACGCAAAUCAAUACAUUUGGAGCCGUGGCGAAUGUGCUGGUGAUAGUAUCAUCAAUAUCCUGCACCUAUUUUCUUCAGAAGAAAUUAGAAACGAAAGAAACUAUUUUGGUAGUGCUUUCGUUACUGUCUUCGUGCGGAGUUAAUUUGUUUUAUGCUUUUGCUACUAGCGACAUCUACAUUUACGUGUCGGCGAUUGCUGGGAUGUUUUCCGGUUUGGCCAAUCCGAUGUUGAGGACUAUUAUAGCAAAAUUGGUCGAUCCUGAAGAAUUGGGCCGAAUUUUUUCCUUAAUUACAGUAAUAACGACGAUCAUUUUACUGGUAUCAUCGUUGUCGUACGUGCAAUUGUACAAUGCCACUUUAAGAGUCCAUCCAGAAACGUACAAUUACCUUUCAUUGGGAUUGAACUCUUUCGCUAUUGUUGUAGUAAUAUAUAUAGCGGUACUCGAAUCUCGCGUUGGAGCGGCUGAGAAUAGCAAUGAUAAAAUCGAAGUUGGUGAAGAAAUUAAUUGAUAAGUGUAAAAUCUAUUUCUGGAAUAAAUUAAUUCUAAACUAAUUAGCAUUUUGUGCAUGUCGAAAGUUUGGCGUAUCGAUAUUAUAAUAGUUUCGGAGUCAACAGGAAUUGGCAUAAAGGCGAAUGAUUAUGUUAUAUCUCCC